GUGGUGGGACGGCAAAUUGUUUUAUUUUUGCUUAUAUUGUACGAUGAUAAAAUGUUACGACGAAUCGGAUAAAUUGUCAAAGUCAAAAAGUGCUGCCGCGAUAAAGAAGAUACGAGUCACUCGGAUCAAUGAAAAUACAAGCGAAUGUCUUAUUGGUAAUAAAAGGUUUGAAAUAUAUUUUUAUGAUACUAAAGAUCCUACGUAUCGGAACUAUAAUGAUGAAACACCUGCCAUAAUAUCUUAUACAUGUAUAAACUGUGCAUUUGCUAUUUGGACUCUCGACGAGUUGUUCCGAUUCGUCAGUAAUUUCCCGUUAUUGUAUCAACCAGAGUUCGUAAACGUAGAAAACGAUCUGAUUGGAAAAAACUUUUCACUCUUCUUCGACAUCUUAACUCGCGUGAGAAAAGAAACGAACAGUUUUAUUAAUAUUUUAUUGAAUUUCGUUGAAUCCGAUUCGUCCGUUGACACGGACUUCUUAAAGACUUUAUUGAUAUUAAAUUUGAAAAUAAAUUACAUACACAUCAUGUACAACAAGAAAAAUUAUGACAUAGAUGGAAAUCCGUUAAACUCGCGUGUUAAUAUUGACGAACUUCAGACGGAUGCAUCAGACGAUUUCAUUGACGAAAAUUAUGAAGAAACCGACGAUCCGUUUGAGUUAUAUGGCGAUGAAUACUUAAAAUCAUUCGGAGGGAUUAUUGGAUCGGACGAUGCUGUAGUCCGUAUGAUUCUCGAGACGAUGAACUCAAUUCAACAUUUCAUUAUUAUAAAUUGCAAAUUUCCAUUUUCGUACUAUAGUAAUAAGCCGUUUUAUGGUUUUACCAUGACUCAAUUUGAUUCGGAAAAAUUUGAUAUAACACAAUUUCUCGAAGAUAUCAGACCAAUAAACUUAGAAACAUUAUAUGAAAGUGAUAUCGAGCAAAUUAUGUUAUCAUCAUUUUUCUCAUCGAGCAUCAAAGGUGCAGAAUGGGAUACGGGCGAUGGAAAAGUUUUAAUCGAAUACGUUUAUCAAGAAGUUGAAAAAUCAAUUGACCUUGAAAUAGUAUUCUGGUAUCAAGAAUUAAUUUUCAAAACCAUUAUGAAGUUGGUAUUUAGUAUAAUUAUGAGGCAUUUGAAAAAUAUCGAAUGGCUAUCGAUUGAUACUUUAAACGAUUUCAAGUACGUCCAAUCAGAAAUAUUAUCCAUCAAUACCAAUUUACCGGCCAAUUUGACGUAUUCGUUUGAGGAGUUCAUAUUGAAUCAGAAUUUAUUCAACAGAAAUCAAAUGAUAAAUGAAAUUGAAACCUAUCUCAUUUCACUUAACGACAUAACAGUAGACUGUGAACGUUUCGCCACGCUAGCCGUUCUCGUGUCUCACAUUAAAUCGAUCAAUAAAGAUUUUCGAUGUUUUUUUCGGCUACUUGAGUUCUUACGCAACCAAUACAACUUAUAUUACAUUCCUUUCAGGAAUAAUAUGAUAAAAAUACAAUCUUUCAUGCACAAAAUCAAACCUGAAUCGAACGAAAAGUGGUUAACGUCUGAGCAAGCACAACGGCUAAGGGCGGACGAAAGCACACGGAAAGCUCUCGACUCUGUGAAAUGCAAUUUUGUCAUAAGUUUAUAUCAUUAUUGUUUCGAAGCUACGAUAACCAUAAACUACGCGCUAACCGGGUAUCUAACUAACAACAGAGAACAAUAUUAUACCGAAGCCGGGAAUAUGCUUAGCUAUGUCAAACAAAUUGCGAUUGACUUAAUAAAUAAAUCAUGGGAUCUCCCACUAUUUAAAAUGUUGUAUAGCAUUGUCCCUCUAUUGGAGACCUAUUUACAAACGACUCUUGAUGACAACUAUGCCGAAAACCUAAAACGUCUAGUCCAUGUGAUUAUGGCCGAGUUAAACAAGUAUGGUAUUGCAUUCUGUAAACCACCGGAUUAUAACUUCUUGUUAUUUAACAACGUGAAUUUCGACAAGAUUGGUAAAUUAUCGACACAGGUCAACAAGGACAUUAAGACGUCUAUGGACGUUCUUCAAUCGGAUAACAUUAAACAUAAACACACGGGUCUGAAAACUUUGUAUAAAACUGUGGACGAUAGAUCCGCUGAUCUAGCGGUAUAUGAUAAAAUAAUUAAACUUAAAUGGAAAGGUGGAGAAUUUAAUAUUACAAACGUUUACAAGCACAUUACAUCUGCAAUAUUUUAUGAAUCGCGUUAUACGUACAAUGGUUGCAAAACAGAUAAGCCCUCCAAUGAUGAUUGUGCUCAAUUAUAUGAGCAAUUAAAAACAACCUUACAUUCACUUAAAUAUACAUUUCCGAAUAGAUUUACAAAAACUAUAACCGAUAUUCGCGAAUAUUUAAGAAAUGCAUACAAUUCUUGCUGUAAUGAAAUUUAUAUAAACCAUCAGCUGGAAGAAAAAGGCGAUAAUAUAACUAAUGAUUUAUACGUGUUGGGGAUUUCUAUUAAUUUUGAAACAUCAAAAUUGAUCGUUCCAAAACCACCACCAACAGUAAUAAAAAAAUCAGAGUCCAAAUUUUUCACCCGGAAGCGAAGUACAAAGUCGGAGGCACAACCGAAGCAACAGACUGUUCAGAAAUCUAUUUUUAAACAAAGUUUUGACAGAAUAAAUAACGUAUUACAAUUCGUAAGUUCGGUUAGUCAACAAUUCGACAAUAUAAAUACAUUUGAGGAGUAUUCAUCAUCGUACUCAAUUUCAUUAACAUCGGAAACGUAUCUUACAGUCCUUUGGAAUCUUAUCAAUCAUCAAUCAUUGACACCGACUUGAUAGUAAUUCGGAAAAGCUAGUCUCCGAAAAAAUAUAUUUAUAAUAACUAGGGGUUAGAUUUUUAUGAUUUUACAUAUUUGUUUCUAGUCUAUGCAAUUAAAUGGGAGUGAAAUAUCUUCACUAUUCAUGGAUUACAAAAUUCACAGAAAAAUAUGUAUUUUGCAUAAAAAAGCAUAUUUUAAGAGUUACGGAAUAUUCAAUGCGUUGGAAGAUAUUUGAGAAUAUUUUGUAAACAUUUUUAUUUUUGUUAACUACAAAUAUAAUUUUUUCGAAGG